CUUUUUUUAGAACUGUUGGUGAUUUUGAAGCUUCGGAAGUAUGCUUGGAGAAAGCUCUAUUCAUAUCCAGAGAUAUUGGAGAUGGAAGAGGAGAGUUUGAUAUCCUCCGAGGUUACGCCGUUUUGUAUUUAUGUCAAGAUAAAAUCAAAGACUCUCUGUCGUGUCUUCACCUGUGCAUUGAAAAGUAUGAGGAGCUGAGAUAUUUCUUGGGCGCCAAUGAUCAGUUCAAAACAUCAUUUCUGGAGGACACAGGAAUAUUCCCCUACAAGCGGCUAUCUACUUUGCUUUGUGACACCGGAAAUGCUCGGGAUGCUCUUUAUGUUGAGGAGUUGGGUCGAGCUAGAGGCCUAUCAGACUUAAUGGCAGAGAAGUACUCGGUUGAAACGCACAUCUCUGCUAAUCGACAAUCUUGGUUUGGCAUUGAGGACAUUUUAAGAAAGAAAAGAAACUGUACUUGUCUGUACAUUUCUUAUUUUCAGAAUCGUCUGCAUUUGUGGAUCUUGAAAACAAGUGGAGUCCUUCACUAUAGAAGAGUAUCACCAGAAGAGAAUCUAGUUCAGGCUGGGUUACCCAAAGAUUUGUCUGUGAGUCAAUUUUUGGAUUAUAAUUUCCGGAGUCUUGGUAUUUUGCCCACUAAAGAUUGUGAAGAUCGGUCUUUAAAUACGAUUAAAUUGCAACCUCUCUCCCCCGCGCAAAAGAGCUCAGCAAGAUUGCGACUUUUGGACGAGGACGAGGACGAGGACGAGGACGAGAAAGUGAUUUCAAGUCUAUACUUGUGUUACAAAAUGUUCAUUGCCCCCGUUUAUGAUUUGCUUGAUGAGCCUGAAGUCAUUAUUGUUCCUGACCGCAGGUUGUACAAAGUUCCCUUUGCUGCCCUGAGUGAAAAGGAGGGAGCCGAAUACUUGUCAGAGACUCAUAAGAUCCGUAUCAUUCCUUCGUUGACAACACUCAAGAACAUUCAAGAUAGUCCAGAGGACUAUCACAGCAACACUGGUGCCUUGGUAAUAGGCAAUCCCAAAGUUAAUUGGCUGCAAUCAUUGCCAGCUGCAAGAAAGGAAGCGGAGAUGGUCGGACAACUGGUGGGUGUUCCGCCUCUAGUUGAAGAGAAAGCAACGAAGCAGGCGGUACUGGAGCGGAUAAGUUCAGUGAGCUUGAUACAUUUUGCUGCCCAUGGUAACGCGGAAAGAGGGGAAAUUGCACUCUCCCCCAAUCCCUGUCCCAACAGUCAAACCGCUCUCCCACCGAAGGAAGCUUACAUGUUGACGAUGGCUGAUGUCUCACGAGUGAAAGUCAGAGCUAAACUGGUGGUACUUAGCUGCUGUCACAGUGGAAGUGGAGAGAUAAGAGCCGAGGGAGUUAUAGGAAUUGCCCGUGCGUUCUUAGGAUCCGGUGCUCGCUCGGUGUUGGUUGCACUGUGGGCCAUUCCAGACUCAGCAACAGAGCAGCUGAUGAGUCGGUUCUACGAACACCUCAUUGAAGGUGGAAGUGCCAGUGAAUCCCUUCAUCAGGCCAUGAAGUGGAUGAGAAAAAACCCCUUGAACAAAAUCUCUGACUGGGCUUCGUUUACGCUGAUUGGAGAUGAUGUGAGACUCGAGUUUGACAACCAGCGGCAAGACUCGGUGAGAACAGGAAAAAAGACCCCGAUAGAGUAAAUAAUGACAAGUACUCGAAGGGAACAGAGUUAAAAGACUUUUAGAUGGAUAAAUUAAAUAGAAAUAAGUAGAGAAAAUACUCUAUCCAGUAUUUCAUCGACAUUAAAAAAAAAGAGCUAUCCCAGGUUAGGGGAGAUUUAUUCCAAUUUUUGCUGCUUUCUUUUCUAAUAUUCUCAGGAGGCAGUAAUGAUUAUGUACUCAACAAUUUUUUGUUUUUCACGCAAAAAUUAUAUUAGACACGAAACAAUGUUGACCUACGUAAGGCUUUUGAGUAAAACGAAUUCAGUAAAGUUAAGACAGUAGUUUAAGUAUUAA